CUUUGUUGAUGUUUUUAUCUUAGAAAAUGUAUCCUGAUUUUCUUUAGAUUUCAUUUGCGAUCCGCAUAAUUCUCCUCUAUCCUUUGCCAUUCCCAUUUGUAAUUUCUUGCCGCAAUAGUCCUAUACUUAUCGUUGUAUUUUACUACAUUGCAAAUUUCAUUUCGUUUAUUUCCGCUUUAUAACAGGAACAUUCCUUCCUUACGCUCAAUUCGCUUUUCGAGGGUAUUUUCUCGAUGCCUUUUCCCAGAUUUUCUUCCAGAAUUUAUUCAAUCGCCUUCGGCUUUUCUUUACUAUUUCGUUGACGGAGCAUAUUUUUUACACAGCUGAUUGAGCACGUGAGUACAUGAUGUGAACGUCAUGCGAUCACGCAUCUACAUAUCGUCAACACUUUCGACACAAGUGUUACGAUUUACGCUUUUUUUCUCGCUGGGUGAACGAGCCAAGUACGAGAAAGGCGGCAAGGAAAGAUUCUAAAUUUGCUUCAAUCUAAAGAGCUCGGGUCACAGUAUUUAUCAUGGAGAAAGAAUAUUUCUUGAGAGAUGUUUUGAAAGCUGUGGACGUAAGUGUCUCGGUGGGACUUUACCUUGUAAACACUCACCAUCAUCACGCGGCACGAAAGUUCUACCAAGAGUCGACGACACUGUUGGAGUUCAUCGAAGAAUCCUUACACCAAAAAAAUGAGCCACGGAAGGAAUUGGAUCAGAGCCCAGCGUUAAAAAAGGAAAACGUAGAUGUCUGCAAAGCUGCAGAUAGAAGAGUGAUGUGUUACUUCGAGAACAGCCAUCGCGGCCAAGUAGCCUCAGAAUUCUACGAUCAUUUGCUGACUCUGUUAAAAUCAGUCCAAAAAUCCUUCAAUAUAUUAUCAGAUGCAAUACCCGAGGAGAUAAAAAAAACUUUGCUUGGCCCAAGAAAGAAAGAACCACGGAAAGGAAUAGACGAGUUCACAAUGCUAGUAUAUCUUGCCCUCGCUGAGAGCAAAUUAUGCUUGGGUAACUACAUAGAAUCAAAAAAAAAAUGCUGAACUUGCUCUUGCAAUUAUCUUAAAUCAAGAAAAUACCAGCAAAUAUAUAGCCCGAGCGUGCUAUGGAAUAUUUUGGAAAUGUUUUAUUCGUCUUGAAAGAUAUGACCAAAAGAUUGAAUGUCUCAUGAAAAUGCUUGCAAUUACCAAGGAAACUGGCGAUACCGAGAAAGAAGCAGAAGUCUAUUUCCAGCUAGGAGCAUGCUAUUCCUUCGUCGGUCAAAAAGAACAGGCAGUAGAGUUUGUAGAGAAAUCAAUGCAGAUACGUCAAACCGAGGAACAUCAAGAGAGUCUAGUUGAUUGUUUAAACCUACUAGCAAAUAAUUUGCUUUCACCAGGCCAGGCAAAGGAGGCUUUCGAGAGACUGCAGAAAGCCCUUCAAGUUAGCGAAGAGAAUGCAGGGGGAUUCAUUAAAUCCAUAGCACUAAUGGCUUUAGGGCAUGCUUACAAGGAUAUUGGUGAAUACGAUAAAGCAAAGGAAUAUUACCAGAGAAUGAUUCGAGUCAGUGAAGAGUUUCAUGUCUCAAACUUAGGAGCUAUGGCCUAUUAUCAUAUCGCUGAGCUUCUUAUGGAACUUCAACAAUAUGAAGAAUCCAUGAAGAGCAUAGAGAAAGCCCUCGAACUAUGUGAAGAAAGCAAAUUAACAGAGCAGACCACACUCUCUAAAGGCGACAUCUACAUUACACUCUGUAAGAUACACCUACUCCUUGGUCAACACGAUAAAGCUGACGAAUGUGUAAAGCAAAUAUUAACGGAAAAUCGGCCCAAAAAUAACUUGGAUCGGUCCGUAAGCCUCUUUCAGCUAGGUGCCUUUUUCAGUGUAAACGGAAAAUUGGAACAGGCAUGUGACAUCAUUUCUGAAAGUAUCAAAUGCUAUGAAAGCGAACGUGACCUUUUCAAUGAUGAGUUCAAACUUUCUUCCGGGGACAUGGUAGAACACCUUGAAUUGUACAGGCAUUAUUGCCUUUUGCUGGUGGCUCUGGGUAAACCCGUCCAGGCUUUGUGCACAGCAGAGAGAGCCCGUGCCCGUCUACUCGCAGAAAUGUUAGCAGAGAAAUAUGCUAUUCGAGAAAAGGCAGAGCUCAGUGAAAAUGACCUCAGCAUCCUUCUAAAGAGUCUGAAUCAGAAUCAAAUUGUGGUAUUCAUCGCUACUCCAAGAGGUAAAAGGAUUACGUUCUGGAUAAUGAAAAAUGACGCCUCACUGGAGAUGCGGAAUCCAAAAAGUGCCAAUCAAGAUACCCCAUGGAAAGCUUAUUUCGAGUCCCUUUCUUAUGGUCGAAGCAUUAACAGUGAAGACCGUUCGUUGUUAGCCUUGUAUGACAUUCAGUCUGCUGCCGACGGUACCCAGCACGACAGAAUCAGGGAGAAACGUCUCUUUGAAGACUCAGACGAUGAGGAGCUUGAAGCUCAAAACUUACCAAAUCAACUCUACUACACACUUAUCGCUCCAAUUGCUGAUCGUAUUCAAAACCGGGAGGUUGUUCUAGUUCCCGAGGGAUCUAUGGCCAUGGUACCCUUUGCCGCAUUACAGGACGAUUCUGGAAAGUACCUGUCUGAUUCGUGCAGAGUUCGCAUCAUUCCUUCGCUGUCAACCCUCAAGCUGAUUCUUGACUCCCCAGAGAAUUAUCAUAGCCAGACUGGAGCACUGAUCGUUGGUGAUCCACAAGUCAGCCAUGUCACACCAUUAUGGCAAUUGAAAGCAGCAAGGCAGGAGGCUAGAGAAAUCGCUAAUCUUCUGGAGGUGGAGCCUUUGUUGGGUGAGCAAGCCACGAAGGAAGAGGUGCUGCGACGAAUACCUGUUGUGUGUCUGAUACACAUCGCCGCCCAUGGUGAUGCAGAAAGAGGAGAGAUCGCUUGUGCACCCAACCCAUCCUCCCCUCAAAUCCCAGCGAAGGAGGAUUACAUGCUGACCAUGGGAGAUAUUGCCAGUGUCCGAAUCCGGGCCAAGCUGGUUGUACUCAGCUGUUGUCACAGUGCUAAAGGAAAGAUCAUGCAAGCCGAGGGAGUUAUGGGGAUCGCUCGAGCUUUUAUUGCCUCCGGAGCUCGUUCAGUGCUGGUUUCCUUGUGGGCCGUAGAUGACAAAGCCACAAAGGAGUUCAUGAUUCGUUUCUACGGACAUCUGAAGUAUGAUAAAAUGAGUGCCAGUGAAGCUCUUCACCAGACCAUGAAGUGGAUGAGAGAAUCUAAGACGGCGAGGUACACUGUGAGGGAAUGGGCACCAUUUGUUCUGAUUGGAGACGACGUCAAUCUGGAUGUGUAAGAACCUCUUUUUCAAGUGAGGAGCAGCAAGACGAGAACAAAUGCAGAAAAGAGAAAUGUAUCACUUUUUCUUGUAUUACGUAGUACGUUGUAAUGAUUCAACAACUCUUGUUUUAGUUAUCAGUCGACUCUACAAUGUUCAAUAGCCAUCGCUAAAGAACUGUUGUGGAUAAUGUCGCGUUAUACAGAACAAAGCAAGUCGAGAUUAUUUCAAAAUAGGAUUAAACUUAACCUUUAGAAUGGUAUUUUGGAAAUGCGCGAAGGAAUUGAUUAUCUUUCGUGCUAACAAUAUUUUAAUGAAAUCGCUCUAUCGUAUAGAGUUACAACUUUAUGUGCAAAUUAGGCCUUUAUGCAGUGAUAAAUUAAGGUUUUAUAAACCUCAGAAAACACAGCGUCCUUUCUUUCAUUUAUAAGAAAACGAAGAAGAAAAAACCACUUCGAAAUCUUACUGACCGUUUCUUUUUUUGAAAUGUAAUUACACUAGAGCUUCUGUUGGGAGGCUCUGAUUUGUUUAACUGCGCGUAGCUUUUUUCUGCAAAGAGUUCUUCUUUGCUCGUUUAUCCACUGUGCUAA